AUGAAACAUUUGAUCGCCGAACGUACGCCACCAAAUAAACGCGAUGAAAGAAUUGGUACAAUUGAAGCGCUCGAAAAAACUGUUGAAAUGCUCCGCACAACACCGGUCUAUUCUACGGCCGAGCGGCUACGAUUGAGUCCGGCACAUUCCUGCUCGGAAACCGUGGAGACUCUGGUGGCCGGAAACAACGGUGGCGUUUUGCCGGCUGAGGAUGUCUCAACGCCGUCCACUCGCACACCAUCACCAACCGCAAAUCGCUUCACGAGAAGACAUAUUCUCUCUGCGCAUGUUUCACUUCCGGACGGCAAAAUUUUGGAGUUCAGGCGGAACGUCAACGAUGCAUUUGAACUUCAGUGUAAAGCUCAGAGAUUGCCCCUAGAUACCAGUAUAACGUCUAGCUACGAUCACUUCAGUGAGCAGGGCUCUGAAGCUUCGACGUAUCCGGAUAAUCUCAAGUGA